AUGAAUCCGCUCCAAGCUUCCAUGGAAGAAGACGACUCCAUCCUAUUGCUCACCCUGUGGCCGCCUGGCCAGCAGAAACCGAGCCCAGCUUCUUCGACCUCUUCAUCUCAAUGGCUGCGGUCGGGCUCCUUGUUGCAGGAUAAGGAUGAUGGAGGCGUGACGGUUGCGCUGUCCAUCGGCCUGCCGAGCUCUGUGGGAGGCGGGGCGGCGGCUGUCAAUGGUAGCUCCGGCGGGGGGAAUCCGCCGAGCCAGUACUGGAUUCCAUCAGCCGCCGAGAUACUAGUAGGCGCCACACAGUUCUCCUGCGCCGUGUGCAACAAAACUUUCAACCGGUUUAACAAUAUGCAGAUGCAUAUGUGGGGACAUGGAUCACAAUACAGAAAAGGCUCUGAUUCUCUACGCGGAGCAACAGCAAAGGUAACUCCAGCAUCCAUGAUGCGCCUUCCAUGCUACUGCUGCGCUGAAGGUUGCAAGAACAACAUUGACCAUCCACGCUCUCGCCCUCUCAAAGACUUCAGAACCCUUCAAACUCACUACAAGCGCAAGCAUGGCGCUCGACCCUUUGCUUGCCGGCGCUGCGGGAAAUCGUUCGCGGUGCGCGGAGAUUGGCGAACGCACGAGAAGAACUGUGGGAAGCUAUGGUUUUGUAUCUGUGGCUCUGACUUCAAGCACAAGCGGUCGCUGAAGGAUCAUGUGCGGUCGUUUGGCGGCGGGCAUGCGCCGCAUAUAGUGGAGUCGCUUGGUGUGGGAGAGGAAGGGGAGGAGGAGGAAGAAGAUGAUGAUGGGGAGGAAGGAGAGGAGGAAGGGAAAGGUGAUGGUGGAGAUAUGGGGAUUGAGGGGGAUAAAAAAUAA